GCGAAAGAAAAUUUCCUGCCCCUGGUGCAUGAGACUGAAAAAAGUCCCAAGAGGACGAUGAAACAAGCUGUGAUAGUACGAAGUCGAAGGUGUGUCUUAGCUUAGGUAUAUGAUUAGGGCAGCGAUAUUUCCAAUUUUGAUGUAGUCUACUUUUGAAAUAAUCCCUUCUGGACCGAGAAGGAAAAGAUGACUGCUGAUUGCUGAUGAGUCAUGAAGAUCUUAAACUUUGACAGGAAUCUCAUAACUCUGACUUAAAAGGCCAUGGUCUCAUUUCUCGGCCGACUCGCCUUCGGGCGAAAGAAAAACGCGCAGCAGAGCGGAGCCAAUGACAAUGGAGCAGGUGGCACGAAUGCCGCUUCAAGCGGUACGACCGCAGCUACAACAAAAGCCGCAACUCGUCGUGGGUCUUUUUGGAGACGCAGCAAAAAGCCGGAUCUUCAACUGAGCAACAUAAACGCAUCGUCAGACGUUUAUGGAGGAGGUGCAUCCUCCUCAAAAGCAUCUACGUCCGCAAACAACAACAAUUUCUAUUUCAUGAACGAUGCAACUUAUCAGCAGGAAAGCGCAGGUGCGAGAGGAAGAGGGCGUGGCCCUUCUGGCGAUGGUUCGGGUAAUCGUUCUAGGAAUGCCUCGAAAGCAUCAUCAAAUGCAGGUGGACAGCACGACAAGAAUGCAUCAGCUUCAGGCGCAAACAGCAGACACAACAGUAGAAAAAACAAGCGUGGUGGAGGUUCUACUUCUUCUAAAAAUCGUCCACAUAGUCCUCGUGUGGACGAGUUACGAGAGGUGGAUGACCCGGAUUCCAACGCGUGGAUCACGUCCUGGUUGUCAGCGUGCUUGCUAGAGUGUCCUUUGCCUGUACACUGGCGGAGAAAUGGAAGAGGCUUUUUCUUGAAUGCACAAACGAAUUUAUGUGGAGCGGACGAUACCUCGAAGAAGAAGACCAUACUUCUUCUAGAUCUAGUACUUAGUUGGAGGUACUAGUAGUGAUGUGGUACUACUACUAGUAGUGUUUGUCUAUUUCGAAGCGGGUACACUAGUAGUGUUUUUACUGUUUCUUGUCUAUUUCGAAGCGGGUACACUAGCGGCGGGUUCAGUCAAUUGUAAGUCGAUUGUAUUUGUAAUCCACCUCGAUUGAUUGUUGUAUUUGUAAUCUUCCACCUCCUCGAUGAGACCUCCUCAUCUUCCCCUUUACAUCUUCCCUUUCAUCCUGCGCUGUCUCCGUCGAGCAUCCUUUGAAAGUCAAAUUCGACGAAAUGCAUCGACACGGCUUAAACGGCGUCGACUACCUGAUUCGAUACAGAGAAGAGGUCAGCUUGGAGUUAGAAGAGCAGGAGAACAUCUGGCUCGGGCCCUACCGAGACCCGCAGAGUGGUGAGGAAUACUAUGCGAACAGUCUGACGCGGCAGUCCGUGUGGGACAACCCAUUCGACGCUUUGAGCUACACGUUGGCGACGUGCGAUUCAUUCUUGUACUACUUGUAUCGAGUAGUGUGGAACGGGGCGGAGUAUGAUUAUGGUUUGUUUCUUCGAGAUCGUGUUUUUUUUCACAUUUUUUUUAUCGAAGAUCAGAUACAGAUUCAACUACAACGACUUGAUCAUAUAAUAACACGACCACGAAUGUUAUAGCCGCGUUAAUAUUCUGGUCAACAAUUGCAGCAGUCUUAUUGGUAAUACAACAUAGGGCCUCUAAAUCUCAUACGUCGAGGACGAUGAAGCUGAUGGUGAUCAGGCGUACGAUUUCGGACUGGGUGAUAACGGAGACGUCUUCGCAGGUCUCGGAUUAGCAGGUCUCGGACUCGAAGAUUACUCUUUAGGCCUAGAAGACAGUGAUGACGACGACGGCCUCUCCUCUUCGGGGGACUACUCAGACGACGACUACUCAGAUGAAGAUGAUGAAGACGACCUAGGUUUGGAUGAUAGCGACGAUGACGAAUUGGCAACCUCCUAUGGCAAGAACUACAGUACUUCUGGCUAUGCUGCUGGAGGUGCGAGUCCGUCAGCAGGGCAGUUAGAAGAUGCACCAGAAAGGAGGCGCAAGAACGACGUUUCCUUAGCAGCUUUUCGUGAAUUGCAUCAACGACAGAAGCUGGGAAAAGAUGGCAGCAAAAAGAAACACAAGAAAGGAACACGUUAUUUGAAAGGCGAACAAUUGCCGCCAGUACCUGGAAUUGCAGCAUUGUCAGAAGCGGGUAGUCCUGCACUUGAACUAGCAGAUAUUUUAGAGGCGAAGCGACUUCGAGAAGAGCGGAAGAGCAGGGCUAAACAAGCUGGAACUGCUGGGGUUGGCGUGGAUCAAGAUGUGUACGGAGGUGGUGAGCAGUACGACUACGGAAAUCAAGCAGCAGCGCAGCCACCCGCGAAAGGCGCAGCACCCCCAGCAGGUAAAGGUGGCAAGAAAGGCGCUGGGAAAGGACCACCUGUUCCGGGGGCAGCUUCGGGUUCGCCGGGUGGUGGCAAAGACGCGGGAGCAGCAGCUCCACCAGCUGGAAAAGGUGGAAAAGCAGCUCCGCCACCGGCUGGGAAAGGUAAAGGAGCGCCUCCACCCGGUGGUAAGGGAGCAGCGCCGCCUGCAGGCAAGGGCGCGCCGGUGCCAGCCGCAAAAGGUGCACCCGUGCCGGGAGGAGGUAAAGGUGCUCCUGUACCAGGAGGCGGAAAGGGAGCCCCGGUUCCAGGUGGCAAAGGCGCAGCGAUCGCUGGCGGCAAGGGUGCAGCACUACCGGCAGGUGGCGGCAAGGGAAAAGGAAAGGGCAAAGGCAAAAGCGGACCAAAAGGAAAGCCAAAGUUCGGGAGAAAAUGGCACUGGAAGCCGCUAA